GGCAUGUUUCUAUCAGUCGCCGCCAGGGACGGCCAGAGUUCGGUUCGUAUUUCGUGGUCGCUCGUUGUGCUGUAUAAAUGUAAGGCACGCAACAAACAGCGCCCUCGUUAGGAAAAAGAAAAAAAAAGAAGGGAGGCCAAAGUUUUUAUAUCCCUGUGUCUGCAGUGUCCAUGAAGGAAAUUUUUUCUCUCAAGUGUGAAACAAAGGAAUAAUUUCCCCCUGACUUUUGUCUCCAGGUGGUACACAAAUGACAAAAAACCACAGUGAUGGCCAUUGGCUGAAGUAAAUCAUCUCUACUCGUUUCCCAAAGCCGACAGCAUACACGAAGAUUAACACAAAAACAACAACAAUGGAUUUGAAAUCGUUGCCUCUGAGUCGACUGCAAUCGAAUUUGACGUGCUCGAUCUGCCAGGGCUACCUGAUCGACGCUACUACCAUCACCGAAUGCAUGCACACCUUUUGCAAAUCGUGUCUAUUGCAACGUGUCGAGAGUGGGAGGACAUUUUGCCCGCGUUGCGGGAUUCAACUGCAACGUUCCCGAUUAGGAGAGCAACUAAAGUUGGAUCACGCAGUCCAAGCGUUGGUCUACGCCGCUGUGCCUGGUCUUUGGCACGAAGAACAGCGCAGGCGCAAACACUUUGUCGAUCAUCAUCCUUUGUCGACUUCGGUGGCCCCACCGCUACAACAUCCAACUUGCUUUUCGCCUGCUGAUCCCAUCUCACUGUCGCUCGACUUCAUACCUCAGUCGCGCGGCGAGGAUUCCAACCUUAACCUGAAAGGUCCUUAUUCACCUCAGACGAUUGGUAGGCGUUUCUUUCGUUGUCCGGCUGCUGUUGCUGUUCACCACUUUCAGAAGCUGCUAAGUCUAAAAUUCGAACUUCCACCUCACUAUACGAUUGAGAUUCACUGCCAGGGAGAAAAAUUAACUUCUUCUUUCCGACUGAUGGAUGUCGCCUACAAAACGGGUUGGACUCAGGAGGAGCCACUGCGCUUAGAGUACAAAAUUGUAAAAAAUCCGCCUAGCAAAACGACAGUGUUACAUUCCGGAACCGGAAGCACUGCCGAAAACGUCACUCAGUCCCACCGGUGUCACAGUAGAACUUCGUCUACAGAAUUGAGUGGCAAAACUACCACCGGUGUAAAACGUUCAUCCGCACCUCCGCCAUCCACUCCGGCCAAACAGCAGAAAUUGUCUAUAUCCAUCAAAAAGGCUGCGUUGCAGAGUCGGGUGGAAGAAUCACCUAUUCAAUUCGACAAGGUUGUUCCAGUCCAUCGUUCGCCGAAAAAACCUUCACCAGAAUCCGACAGUCCCCCGAGCAGCAAGAAGAAGAGCAGCCGGAAGAAGCGACGAAGACGGAAGACGAUGGAUUUGAUUCCGAUCAUGGAACCCAUGUACCCACUCAAAGUCAAAAUCGUUGAAAGAAUGAAAUCGCCCGAGUAUUCGUGGUCUCGACCCAACGGCGUCGAACUUCUUGUUCAAGCGGCAGAACUGGCAUCUCGUCAGAAUCCUACUCCGCCACCGGAAUCCGAAAAAAUGGACGUUGUUAGUGUUCCCGAUUGUCCGCCUCCAUUGCUCCCGAUAUCUGACCCUGCCCUUAGCAGCAACAGUGAUUCCGUCAAUAACAAUAGUAAACCAACAUCAUGUCACGAGAAAGAAAUUGCGGAAGGAAAUGCGCCGCAAUUGACUGUAGUGACGGAAGACCAUUUGGAAGAAGAGGACGACAAGUUGCUGAUGGUCGAUGAAGCGAAUUUGAACGGCAGCGGCAGCAAUGGAAGAGAUUCCGGAAUGGCUAAUGAUGACGAAGAAGAUGACUCGGCUGGAGCGUUGGAUCUGUCGGCCAAAUCAUCGCGGUCUUCUCCGCCGGAUGAAUCGAGUAGCAAAACGCAAGGAGAGUCUGGCAAAUCCGUCUCGCCUCCGUUCAUCCAGCAGCGAUCCACCGCGCUUCAUUCAAUCACUGACAGUCUAGCUCAAAGGCAACAACUGAUCCAGCAACAGCAACGCCGUUUACCUACGCCCAUCCAUCAUCCGGAAGCCAUGAGGAAUUUGGUAACGUUGUCUCAGACUGCCGCGUUAGUUCCGCCGCAUCCGCAGCAAGUGGCCACCCAGCGGCUCAUCGUAGCGUCGUAUAUGCACCAGUUUGCGGCUGCUGCGGCUGCUAGAGCGGCAUCCGCACCGCUACGCCCUCCUAAACCCCCUCAGCCAAGUAAGUCCCUAACCCACGGGUUGUUACGGCGUCCUUUUUGAUUGCUCUUCUUAUCCUAUACUUUUGUAAUUCAUUCGCCAGUGCAUAAUUAUGUUUGCAAGUUUCGUCUAUAUAGCCUACCGAUUUGAAACAUUUCUACAGUUUUUCAUGUCAUCCAUUUUUGUUCUUGUCAGGGUGCGUUGUUAGGUUUAUUUCUUAAUUUAUAAACAAGCCGCUGUAUAAAAAUGCUGUAGAGAAUUAUGAUUCAAAGUGUGAUGGAUUCGUUUGUUUUCUUUUUUGUUUGCUUAUUUUGUCGGAGGUUGUUGUUGUUGUCUCUGUCCACUAUGACGUAACGUUUCUGCGUUGUCCUCCUACAAGAAAGCUUAUUUGAUGAUCCUAUUUUUCUGUUUCUUGUUUUUUGUUUUUUACGUGUUUUGUUUUUAUAUGGAAGACUUGCUAAUACCAAAAAAAAAUUUGCAAAUAAAUGGUUAUGACGUCA